CGACGAAGAUCCUUGUUUCGGGGGUAUAAUAGACUUUUUUUCCUUCUCUGCAUCCUCACUAAGGCUACUCUGCUCAAAAUGUCGCGAUCUAGGGCUUCUCCUCUACUUCCGCCUCUGACUCCCGUUUCCUUGCAUUCUCCGAAACCGUUUUACCUCCACUUCAGGGGAACGAUCCACAGCUCAAGAAUUGCUCAUACGACUUCCAUCCAGUUCGAUUCUGCGUCCUCUUCCCAGUUCGUAAAGUUCAUUCCUUUCGCUUCAAGUGGAGGAGAAACUGAAACAGUCGAGAAAGGGGAGCCGACUCAGGAACCCAACUCUCAGGUUGACACUUUGUUAGACAGUAUAAAAUGGGACGACAAAGGUUUAGCAGUGGCAAUAGCUCAAAAUGUUGACACAGGAGCCAUAUUAAUGCAAGGCUUUGUUAACAGGGAUGCUCUAGCUGCAACAAUUUCUUCUGGGAAGGCAACAUUUUACAGCAGAUCAAGGUCAACAUUGUGGAUAAAGGGAGAGACGUCCAAGAAUUUCAUCAAUGUUCAUGACAUCUUUCUUGAUUGUGAUCGUGACUCGAUAAUUUACCUUGGGAAGCCUGAUGGCCCUACCUGCCACACAGGAGCGGAAACUUGCUAUUACACAUCAGCAUUUGAUCUGUUGAAGGAGCAACAGGUGGAAGAAAAUAAAUUAGCAUUGACGACUCUGUACUUAUUGGAGUCUACAAUUUCCCAAAGAAAAGCAGAGUUAGGGGGUUCACAAAAUGAAAAACCAUCAUGGACAAAACGAUUACUUCUAAAUGACCAAUUGUUAUGUUCAAAAAUCAGGGAAGAGGCAGAUGAAUUAUGUCGAACAUUGGAGGAAAAUGAGGACAAGUUUAGAACUGCCUCAGAGAUGGCAGAUGUGCUAUACCACGCAAUGGUAUUGUUAAGAUGUAGAGAUGUUAAAGUCGAAGAUGUCCUUGAAGUUCUUCGCAAAAGAUUCUCUCAGUCAGGUAUAGAGGAAAAGAGAAGACGUUCGCUGUCAAACUAAGCAUCAAGGCACCGAGGUCAAACAUCACACUACUCGGUGUUGGUUUGAUAAUCCUGAUCCCAUUACUGUUUUACUGUCACCUAUUAUCUAGGAACCAGUUUGUUUAUUAGCUACUCUUUAGGACUUAGUGCAGUACGUGUCAAUCUGCAUGUUAGCCAUGUAGCCUUGUUUUUAGGAGUUAGUUGCUAUUUAUUUGGUUGUGUUGUUGAUGUGUUCUGGCUGUUAUCAGUGAAAUAAAAAUAGCAGUUCAUAUCAGUAAAAUUUUUUUCAGUUU